AUGGACUUUAAUUAUACGGAAGCAGUCUUCUCUGCACCAGAGAAGCGAAUCUUUGAUAGCCAAGGAACUCUUGAUUUCCAGAAGUCUCUGGCUAUGCUAAGGAUCCAGUAUUAUUUGCAGAAAUACAUCACACUCUGUAGAGGAAUUCAAGUUACUGAUUUUGCUCCAACAGACGAAAAUGAAUUCACCACCUUUAUAGGUGGACUUUUAUCAAGGCUGUCAGAUUUAGUUGACGAAACACCCCCUGAGAAAGUACACAGUAGAUUUGGCAAUCUUUCUUACAGAGAUUGGCAGACAAAGUUUGAUACACAGCUUGAUGGUUGGAUCCAUGAACUCAUACCAGAAAAGUAUCACAGAAGUAUCAUUGAGAUGAGAUACUAUAUCGCUAACGCAUUCGGUUCUAAAGAAAGGAUUGAUUAUGGUACUGGUCAUGAAUUAUCAUUCUUGGCUGUGAUAAUGUGCCUUGACAUGUUAGGUGUGGCAAGUAUGCGGGGUGUGCAAAUUCUACAUUGCUUUAACAAAUAUUAUGAUCUGGUUCAGAAAUUAAUUUUAACUUACAGGUUAGAACCAGCUGGAUCCCAUGGCGUAUGGGGACUAGACGAUCAUUUCCAUUUUUCUUAUAUUAUAGGAUCUACUCAACUUCUAGGUCGACGCACCUCUCUAACUCCUAGAGAUAUUUCAAAUGUCAAACUUAUGGAGCGUGACAGUGACAAGAAUCUUUUUUGCAAAUCGAUAACAUUUAUCAAUAGAGUGAAAACGGGACCUUUCUGCAACCACUCUCCGCUUCUUUAUAAUAUAUCGAGAAGUGUCCAUACAUGGCAAAAGAUGCAACAAGGUUUAAUCAAAAUGUACAAAGCAGAAGUUCUUAAUAAAUUUCCUGUUGUUCAACACUUCUGGUUUGGUACAGCAUUCUUCCCUUGGACUCAUUACGAUAGUAAAACAUCUCUACCCGUAUACCAACCAAAUGAGCAAGAUGAAGUGAGCGGAAGUACAAAUCUGAGUUCAAAUUUACCCUUUAACUCUCCACCGAAUUCUACGAAUGUAACAACGAAAAUGCCCCCACCCCUAAGUACAAACACGGCAAGAUUUUUACAUAAACGCUAA